AAUGUAAAUUCAUCUGACAGAUGACCCAGAGCGGUCAGUUCAGGACCUUUUGCCGCUCAUUGUGGGCUCCGCCGCUGCGGGAUUUGUCGUCAUCCUUGCCAUGGUGGUCAUUGCUGUUGUUUGCCUUAGACGGCAGCGUACUGGAUCUGAGCUGGAGUAUACGGAGAAACUGCAGCAGUACGUAUCGCCGGGCGUAAAAGUUUACAUUGACCCUUUUACAUAUGAGGACCCGAACGAGGCAGUUCAUGAGUUUGCCCGAGAGAUUGACAUCUCAUGUGUGAAGAUAGAGGAAGUCAUUGGAGCUGGAGAGUUCGGGGAGGUGUGUCGGGGCAGACUCAAACAGCCGGGUAGAAAGGAAGCCACCGUGGCCAUCAAGACGCUGAAGGCAGGAUAUACGGAGCGUCAAAGACGGGACUUCCUCAGCGAGGCCAGUAUCAUGGGCCAGUUUGACCAUCCCAAUGUCAUCCACUUGGAGGGAGUUCUGACUAGGAGUUGUCCCGUGCUUAUUGUCACAGAGUUCAUGGAGAACGGAGCGCUCGACUCCUUCCUUAGACUGAACGACGGCAGGUUUACCGUAACGCAGCUGGUCGGCAUGUUGAGGGGGAUCGCGGCUGGCAUGAAGUAUCUGUCCGACAUGAACUACGUCCAUCGUGACCUGGCUGCCCGCAAUGUGCUCGUCAACAGCAACCUGGUGUGCAAAGUGUCCGAUUUUGGCCUCUCUCGCUUUUUAGAUGAUAACUCAUCGGACCCCACCUACACCAGCUCAUUGGGAGGGAAAAUCCCAAUCCGUUGGACCGCUCCCGAGGCGAUCGCUUUCAGGAAGUUCACCUCUGCUAGUGAUGUCUGGAGCUACGGCAUUGUGAUGUGGGAGGUCAUGUCCUUCGGGGAGCGGCCGUACUGGGACAUGAGCAAUCAAGAUGUAAUGAACGCAGUGGAGCAGGACUACAGGCUGCCUCCUCCCAUGGACUGCCCCGCAGUGCUGCACCAGCUCAUGCUGGAGUGCUGGGUGAAGGAGCGGAACAUGAGGCCACGCUUCGGACAGAUCGUCAGCACACUUGACAAGCUCCUCCGCAACGCCGCAAGCCUCAAAGUGCUUACCAGUACACACUCAGGUGAUCUCUGUCGAAUUGGCGGGACCCUGCCGGGCCACCAAAGGAAGAGUAUAGAAGAUGCACAGGACAUGAAACAACAAAUGAGCCAAACUCUUCCCAUACGGGUUUGACUGAUUAAAAAAAACACCUGCUGAGCCUCGAGGCUAGCAUCAAAAUCCCAUUUGAAGAGCAAACCUGACUGGGACAAUCCAUAAACCCCAUGGAAAAUUACUGGAACCGACUAUUGCUUGAAGAGCCAAUGGAAAACCUGUAUACAACUAGGGACAGUGUCGCACCUCUCCCAAGGAGCCUGUGGAAAACUACGGCGUGUCCAAUGGAAAAGUGUAUCAGCCUGUGUAUGGAGCACCUGGAGAGUGCUGGGAAAACACAGCACAUGUUAAUUGGAAUUCUGGAUGAUGGCGCCUCAGGCAAUCGUCUUUGUUCUUUCCCUCCCUUUUGUCAUGACUUUCUCGUGUUUACACCGACUUUUCAUUACAUGGAUUAAAUUGGCGACAUUUCGACUUCUCAGGUUCAGUUUGCAUGUGUGCAUGUGUUUCUCUAAUGGCAAAAAAAAAAAAAAACGAUCACUCUCUUCCUUAACUCAAAUCCCUUCCAUUCUUCCUCUCAUUUGCCGAGGCCACAAACGAUGAGACGGACUUGAGAAUUAUAAGCUAACUGUAAUAAUGUUUAAAAUAUGUAUUAAAUGUAAGCCAGAACUGUAUUUGGCCGCUCUUUUUCCCUCAAAGACUUGUUUCUUCUGAUCUUUUCUUCAUAUUGAAGAAAGGAAUAGAGUGGAACACAUGAAAGUUUCAAACUGGGCAGGAUGGACUCAAACUGUAACUUUCGGAAAGAGACGAGGAAAUGUUCAAAGAAUGGAAAGUCCUCUAAGGGCGAGCUGACUUUAAAGUGGAUUGUUACAAUUCAAGACAGGUGUUUUAUUUACCUCCGUUGUAAUUUGUCUUCCAUGACAUGCUCUUGAGAGAUUGCUCUACGUGGAGGACAUCGGACUGUGAUUUAAGAAUUUCUGUUUCCUCUGCUGGUGAGAGAAGGGGAAUUGCGAUCUGUAUGUGUGUGUGUGUGUGUGUGUGUGGGUGUACAGUGUGCUCAUGUGUGCUUGAGUGAGCCAGUCGAGCUCUACAGCUUUACAUGCAUGCCAUAUUCAAAACUCAAACCUAUCUGAGAGGGGAGAUGACAACAGGUCGACUUGAGAGCUGUUGUUUGAUGAAUAUUCCACUUAUUUUAAUUCAGUCUGUUCAAAUAUGCAUAACUGUGUAAAUAAAUGCCUCAUAAGAACUGAAGAGUCAUCGA